GAGGACAUUAAGAGGCAACAGAGAAUUCAAACCCGUUUGUUAAUUUAGUGUUGCCCAAGACUUUUACAAAUAUAUUGCCAUUCAUGGUUCUGCAGGUCUCGUGCACUGUCUUCCACUCACCUAGUUUCUCUAGUUCUGCACCUUUAGAGAGAAAUUACUGUAACUUCUUUCUCAGAUGCAGACUUUGUGACCUCUCUAGUCAUGCAGUCAUCUACCUAGGCAUCCACAGAAUUCAUUUUUCUCUACAAUGAUUGCUCUUCAUUUCUUUCCAGAUGUCUAUAUUGUCUUUAUCUGAGUCUUCUCAUGAAACAGUAAAUUGUUUUUCUGCAAUUUUUUUUUGUGCAAUUUCCCCAAUAGUUUAGGCUAUGUAAAAUAAUGGAUGUUCUACAAAACCACUCAUCAACCAUUUAGGUGAGAAUUUGGAGAUUUUUCUCUAGCAGCAAAUUCACAAGUCUGAUGAUGAUUUAAAACAUGUCCUGUGGGCGACCCUAACACUGGGAUUUGGCCAAGUUCAAAGCAGCUGUGCAGAUGGACACAGAAGACAGAAGGCAGAGGGAAAUAGACCCUUUUAAUCAUAACAAGGCUGCUCUUGUUUUCUUAUCUAUAGUGGAAAUGAACACCAGCCCCUUGUACCUAAAAGCAAGCUUGCAAAUGUGCCAGAAUAGACAGCGAGAGCAUUUGUUAUUAAUGCGAAAUUAAAAAUGUGGUAACUGUCUUCUCAGUACUGCUCUUUAUGUCUCCAUUUCUAGAAUGACACUGUACUGCUACCAAAAGUGCACAUCCCAUUGCUCUUGGUGGGAUAAGAAUUUCCCCCCCAGAACUGAGGCCCUUUGAAAGUGCGUGGCUUUGUUAAUGAUCGCAGAAACCAGCUAUGACCUGUCCUUUUGAAAUGGUUGUAAUGACUUAUAAAUCAAUUUCUCGUUAGAGAGAAUGUUUUUUUUUUCCUUUUUCCCGAAGGUGCUGUUGUUGCUCAUGAAAAAUGAUUGGGUUUGCAACAUAAGGUUGGAGCACAUUUUAUUCUGCCAUUUGUGCCUCAUGCAGGGGCAUUAUGGUGAUGCAUACCCCAAGCCUGGUUCUGCCUCUCUUCAGGGGGAACAUCCUUUAUUGAUCAAGCUAGCAACAUCCAAAUUACUGACAAAAUAUAUAUUUCACUACUGGAUUGUCGGCUGCUGGAUGCUGGGGGGUGUCACGUAGGGGCUGUUUGCCUACAAAUUGGAACAGUCCAGCCCUUAUUCUGCUAGUGUGCAAACGGAUUUCCUCCGAUGCAUUUUUCUGUCCCCCAAGUCUCUCUGAAACCAACAAGACUGGGGUUAUGAAGUCAAUCCUAGAUGGCCUCGCAGAUACAACUUUCCGAACAAUCACGACAGAUCUCCUUUACGUGGCCUCCAACGACAUCCAGUACGAAGACAUGAAAGGCGACAUGGCAUCCAAGCUGGGGUACUACCCCCAGAAGUUCCCUCUUUCCUCCUUCAGGGGUGAUCCUUUCCAAGAAAAAAUGACUACAGGAGAUGAUCCCCUGUUGAGCAUUAUUCCCUCAGAUCAGGUCAACAUCACAGAGUUUUACAACAAGUCCCUGUCCACACUUAAGGAUAAUGAGGAGAAUAUACAAUGCGGGGAGAACUUUAUGGAUAUGGAGUGCUUUAUGAUCCUGAACCCCAGCCAGCAGCUGGCCAUCGCUGUGCUGUCGCUCACCCUGGGCACCUUCACGGUCCUAGAGAACCUCCUCGUUCUGUGUGUCAUCCUCCACUCCCGAAGUCUCCGGUGUAGACCCUCCUACCAUUUCAUUGGCAGCCUGGCUGUGGCCGACCUCCUGGGCAGUGUCAUUUUUGUCUACAGUUUUGUGGAUUUCCAUGUUUUCCACCGGAAGGAUAGCCCCAACGUCUUCUUGUUCAAACUGGGUGGAGUUACAGCCUCCUUCACCGCCUCCGUAGGUAGCCUUUUCCUCACGGCAAUAGACCGAUACAUAUCUAUACACAGGCCACUAGCUUACAAAAGGAUUGUUACCCGACCAAAGGCUGUCGUAGCAUUUUGUGUGAUGUGGACCAUUGCUAUUGUAAUAGCCGUUCUUCCUCUGCUCGGCUGGAACUGCAAAAAGCUCAAUUCUGUUUGUUCGGACAUAUUCCCUCUCAUCGAUGAGACGUACCUGAUGUUCUGGAUUGGGGUCACCAGCGUCCUCUUGUUGUUCAUUGUCUAUGCCUACAUGUACAUACUGUGGAAGGCUCACAGCCAUGCUGUUCGCAUGCUUCAGCGGGGCACACAGAAAAGCAUAAUCGUUCAGUCAACAGAGGAUGGUAAGGUACAGAUCACUAGGCCUGAUCAAACUCGUAUGGACAUCAGGUUAGCCAAAACCUUGGUCCUUAUUCUAGUCGUUUUAAUCAUAUGCUGGGGCCCUCUCCUCGCCAUCAUGGUGUAUGAUGUCUUUGGGAAAAUGAACAAGCUUAUCAAGACUGUCUUUGCCUUCUGUAGCAUGCUCUGUUUGCUGAAUUCAACAGUGAAUCCCAUCAUCUAUGCUCUGAGGAGCAAGGACUUGCGACAUGCCUUCCGCAGCAUGUUCCCCACCUGCAAAGGAACGGCACAGCCCCUUGAUAACAGCAUGGAGUCUGACUGCCAGCACAAACACGCCAACAACGCGGGGAACGUGCACAGGGCUGCCGAGAGCUGCAUUAAGAGCACAGUUAAGAUUGCCAAAGUUACCAUGUCUGUCUCCACAGACACAACUGCUGAAGCAUUGUAAGUCAGAAACUUCUCAGCUUGGGAGAGAAGGAGUUAGUUUAAAAAAAAAAAAUCAACAACAGAGAAAACCAAACCCAUGGCUUAACGUGUUUGUACCCUCCUGUAAUAUUUUUUGGUUUGUCAUUGUAAGCUGAGCAAUGAUUGUGUUAAGAGCAUUACCAUCAGCCAGUUCUUCAGGUUUUACAAUUAGGUGUUCAAGCUAAAUUUUCACAAGUUUUUUCUCAAAAAGUGUUUACUGAAUAAUAAUGUUUCCUGAAAGAGCACAGAGAAAAUACCAGGUUAGCAAUGGUUUCUUUUGGAGUGUGAAGAAAAAUUGUGAAACCUAAUUGAAAAAUAAUGCAUUCUAAACCAAUACCAUCAAAUAAGAAAAAAAAGCCUUGUAAUCAUGAUGUUCAUUUCCAUGUGAAGUGUAUUUCAUGUCUGUAAUAGGAGUUUCUGAUUUUUUCCAAACGCGGCAGUGCUGAGUUUUAGAGGUUUUGUAAAAUGUGUCGUGUCCUGUGAAUUGUAUGCUGUUUUAUUACGUGUUAUUGAUAUUUGUCUAAUUAAACAAAGUGAUAAGGUAGACUUCUGUGAAAAUAAUGUGAAACGUGAUAUGUAAAUCCCAUUGAAAACACUUACUGUAUUUGAAGAAUUCCUCUGAAAUUUUAUACUUUUAGUGGUCUUCUGUGGACUUAGAGGAGAGGCUUUGUGUUCUACUAAAAUUAUUUCCCAACUACCUUUUAUUUUCACAUGCAUAUGAGAGUAACAGCAACAUAGGAAUAGAGGAGGAAUAUGAGAAAGGAAAGCACUGGUUCAGACUUUUAAAUACCACUGCAUUUAUGCAGAAGGAUGUUUAUGGUUGCAUAGACUAUUGCCCCGCUCUUGGGUGUUGCGUGAAUACGAACACUGAAAAGCAAAUGUCCCGGAUAUUGGCUCCUUUAAUGGGUAACUGGUUUUAAGCCACGUGCUGGUGCUGGACCACUGAAGACAGCAUGUGUCAGACUCAAAGUGCCAUGUUAUCACUGUGCAGUUGAUGUAUAUUUGAAGUGUGUCACAUUCCUGUAUCCCAGGUUUAAGCAGAUUCAGAGCCUGAGAUGCCAAACUUCCGUCUUCACUAAAAGAGGAGGAAAUAUUGUCAGACUUAGACAUUUUCUUAUUGUGUGAGCGUGUAUAUAAAUAAAUAUCUGUGUGUGUACGUGUGUUUGCGUGUGCGUGUGUGUGUAAGUGUACUAAUCAGUGUGAGUCAUGGUAGCAUAACUAAGAUAGGACACUAUAACCAAAUGUAACUGUAUUUCUUGUUGCACGCUUUGCACAUGAAUUCUAUUUCUAAAAUUGAGUUCUUCCAACUGAUUACUGAUGAAAGUACCAUAUUAAGAACAUCUCGAUCCACUCUGAGAUGUAUAUCAAUGUCUUAGAGAAAGCAACCUUUCAGUUGCUCUUGGGAAUAAGGGGAAAAAAGAGGCAGAGCAUGGAAUGAGCCCGCACUGACAACUGCUGUGGCUGUCAAUGGUGUUCCUGAAAACUGAGAAAGCCAGAAGUAAAUGAUAGUUUGUUUUAAGGCUGUCAGUAGUCAAAUCUGAUAGCUUGAAAUGAGGUGAGUCUCGCUGAAACCAGUGACAAGGUUUGACACUACCAGCUUCAAGGAAGAAGCUAUUGAAGGAAGAUGGUGACUCUGUUCCACGGUGGGAUAGUUUCUGCCACCUGAGACUGUCACAAGGAACAUAUUACGAGAUAGUCUUUGAAGCAUGGAUAUUCUGUAAUUCUGUUCUGAGUCAGAAGGUCUAGGGUCCUCUUCUCUGCUGCCUUGCUUUUUUGGACUGUUCCCUCACCCUUCUGACUGAUUUCUGCCAAAAUAGCUGCAAACACAGCUUAGCCUUCUAGUGGCCUGACACUUGCCACAACAGGGGUGACUUUCUCCCUGGCACAGGGUGAGUGGAACAAAAUCCACGCUGCCCUGCCGCUCGUCGUUGGUCUUACGUAGAGGGGGAGGGAGGGCAGCAGUCCAGGGGCUCUGGCUGCCAUGACAUUCCUGGGACAUUUCUAAUGCCUCAGUGCAGGCCAGAGCAGCCCAGCCCAUUUCAGCCAGUGACUCCGCAGGGAUGCAAGUGGCUCCAAGUUCAGGCUUGAUGAGUGGUGACAUUUCAAAGAUCAGAUCAGGUCACGUUCUGAGCAACAGCUGGAAGAGGCAGGGGUACUUUCCUCCUCCACCCACCUCCCCCUGCAGUUUACUUGGGUGAGAAGGCAGGGCACCACGCUCUCAAGAGGCCCACCACACUCAGCCAAAACCUGCGUAUUGCAGAGGACUCCCAGAGGUUGUACAAGUCCUCCUGAAGGAUCUUUCUUAUAUCUAGGUCUAAUCCAUUCUAAAGCAGUCCUCUGGGAGGAGGGGGGGAAAGCCCAUUUGAAAUGUAAUGGUAUUUUAAGAGCCAUUUUUGAAACUGUCUUCUUGUGAAUUAAAUGCAAACUUUGUGGACUUUCAUUGUGCAUUCAAGUUCUAAAUUUUACAUGAUAAGUCAUGGGACAAUGGGGCUGUCUUGGCACUUAACUUGGUGCUUACUGAUAUAAUAAGAAAUAGCAUCCUGUGAAACGUUAGUGUCUAUCAUCAUCAUUUAUUUGCAUAAUGAGUUUUUCUAAAGCUCUGGGAACUGCAUCGGUUCACUUAGAACCAUUUAUUAAGAGUCGGCAACAAUUUCCUUACAUGUUGCACACUAAGUAGAACUAUUCUUUCAUUAGAAAAAUCUGCUGCCGUUCCAAGAAAAGCUGUACUUAAACUUCAGCUUUAGGUAUUCCUACUUUGCAGUUGCCUACCCUCACUUAGUGAUAGCACAGCCAAACGAUAUUGUGUUCCAUGGCCACCCACACCAUCCUCAUCAACCAACCAACCCUUGUUGCAGUUACGUCUGUGUACUAACUCCGAGUGUCACGUAUCUACCGAGAAGACCAUCUGUGUCACAUGCGUGCAGAGUUAGAUUCUCAACAGUCUGAUUGUAUAUUUGUAUAAUAUAAUCUCCUCAAUGCUGUGCAAUCACUAUCCACAUCUUCUUGCACUGGCCUUUUGAUGAAAAUUUUAGUAUGUCUAUUGUGAGAUAGGCAGUGCAUUUUACCUGCUGUUAUUGGGUUGAAUGUAUGUAAAUAAGUGAGAAAAAGUCAUCUGUACAAGCAGUGGCCUAAAAAGUCUGUAAUUGUAGACUAGGAAAAUUGUUGAAGUUGCUGUGACAUCUCAAAUACUACCUUUGAAUAAACUGUUUCCAGGGUCUCUUGGGAUGCUAUUUCAUAGUGAAAGGAAAAUCUUUCCUUGUGAGAAUAUGAGGUAAAGAAAUAGAAUUACCUGAGUUUUUUAUUUCCAGUGUUUUGAAGUGGAGAACAUAACUCUUUAUUGUCUGUAAAUCUAACAUUAUUACUUCCUCUUAGAAGAAUAUUGUAUCAUUAGAUGUUUGUUUCAGCUGGUAACAUCCUUGCAACUGUUGGAAUAUUUUUCAUUAGCAACCUGUAUAAUAGUUUGUACACAAGUACUGUUCAGAUUGUCAUGAAAAGUAGUUUUGACCAUUUACCUACCAGUAGCAGAAUAGUAUUUCUGUAAGAUUUUCAGUGUAUUCCUACCAUAUCAUAUUUUAUUUCUAUAAUGUAAUUAAACUGUUAUUUAUUCAAGGACAAAAA